AUGAAUGUCGUUGGGAGUAUUUUAAACCUAAUCAAACCAAAAGAAGAUGAUCUUGGAUCAGAUCGAAUGAAUUAUUUCUAUACAACCGUUAUUAUCACUUUUGUUUCAAUAACGAUUACAAUGAAGCAACAAGUUGGAAACCCUCUACAAUGCUGGGUUCCACACCAGUUUGGUAAACCAUGGGAACAAUACGCGGAAAACUAUUGUUUUGUGUAUAAUACUUAUUGGGUAAAUCCGGACGAACGAGUGCCUACUUCGGUGCAAGAGAGAGUUGCUAAACAAUUGAUCUAUUAUCAAUGGGUUUCUUUCAUAAUGGGAUUAGAAGCUUUAUUCUUUUAUCUUCCUUCAGCUGUUUGGGGAGCACUCUAUCGAAAAUCUGGGAUCAAUAUUCUUGCGAUGACAAAAGCGGCAAUGGAAGCGGAGAAUGCUGCAGAUGAAACGGCUCGCAUGAAAAAACUCGGAAUCAUUCAAAUGCAUUUCGAUGAAUAUGUCCGUUUGAAUCAAGCCCGUCGAAAAUACAAUCCAACAAUGAUGAAAAGAAUUGCGAAAUUUGGCCUUGUUGAUGGUUGUUUUAUAAGCAACUCAUAUCUAUUCAUCAAAUGUUUGUAUAUGUUGAACUUGAUUGGCCAAUUCUUGAUGCAAAAUCAAUUCCUCGGACAGCACAAUCAUUUAUGGGGAGCUACGAUUUUAAAUGAUAUCAUAAGUGGAUCGAAUUGGGAGGACACUGGUAACUUUCCCAGGAUAGCGAUGUGUGAUUUUGAGGUCAGAGUUUUGGGCAAUUUUCAACGCUACUCUGUUCAAUGUGUUCUCGUCUUGAAUAUGUUUAAUGAGAAGAUUUUCCUGUUCUUGUACUGGUGGUUUAUCGUCGUCUUCGUCUUUACCCUUACUGACACCAUUCAAAUGGCGAUUCGAACAAGAGCUCCAGGAAAGAAAGAGCAGUUUAUUAGAAAAUUUAUGAAAGUUUCCCUGAAAGACGACGAUCUUUUGAUCGAAUUCUGCAAGCGAAAAAUCAACGCCGAUAUCGUGAUUCUCUUGCAGAUUAUUUCCAAUCAUUCAAGCGAUAUUGUGACAACAGAGAUUAUCGAUAUCAUGUGGAAAGAUCAUAAAGAGAAUUUUUUGCGAAAAGAGGCUGUCGAAAGCGGGAUCAUUACAAAUUGUGACGGGAAAUUCGAUUUGGAGGAGAGUAGCGACGAAGAAAACUCCCAAAAAACCAAUAUCCCAAACAAAAAUAACCGAAAAUUCAUCCCA